AUGAAGCCCAUCAAGCCGAUGCGUGCCCUAUCAUUUCACAAGUUUUUGAUAGCAAAACCGGAUGUCCUGCUGCAGUUCGUGCGCCACUUGCACGAGCUGCUGCACCAGGAGCUGGAGGACCCGCUGCUGGUGUGGUACGACAGCGUCACCAUUGAGGGACACCUCAACUGGCAGAACGGCCUCAAUGACAAGAAUAAAGCAUUCUUCGAGGUAGUGGACGCGUUCUUCACGAACUACUCGUGGUCGCUGCGGGACGUGGAGACGAGCGUGGCGGCGGCGGGCGACCGCCGGACCGACCUGUUCCUGGGCAUCGACGUCUGGGGCAGGAACUUCUACGGCGGCGGCCAGUUCAACACGCAGGAGGCCAUCCAAGUGGCGUACGACUACGGCUGCUCGCUGGCCAUCUUCGCGCCGGCGUGGACGCACGAGGCGCUGGGCGAGGAGCCCGUCGCCAACGCCGAGGAGCUGGACGCGCACGGGCGCCGGCUGCUGCGCGAGCGCGCGCUGUGGGGCAGCCUGUGGCCCUACCUCCACACCAAGCUGCCCUGCCACCUGCCCUUCCACACCUCCUUCUGCAGGGGACAGGGGAAAAAGCGACGCUUGUAUGGCGAGGUGAUCUGUCCGGUGCCGUGGUACAACCUGAACCAUCAGCAGUACCAGCCCAACUGCUUGCACGGGCCGCAUGGCUACCUGCUCUCCACCCAGGAGACCAUCACCAACCUCUCCCAACUAGGCCUGCUGAAAAACAGGGACGGCAUCCUCAGAUACAGACGCUCCCUAGAAAUGAGUCGAAUAGAACUAACACCUGGCAAAUACAAGGAACGAUCACAAUCACCAAUCAAUGAUAGCACAAAUUUAGUUACCGAAGAAGUAGUAGAAGUUCCCGACGACCAAAGACCAUCUGUUAAGAGGAAAACGAAAGACGCGUUCCGACAUUUAUUUGAAAUGAAGGCAGCUAAAACGGAGAAUGCAAAUAAGUUGGAAGCUCACGCGAAGAGUAAUUCGGAAAUUACUGGAAGGUCGAUGGUGCAGAUGUCGGUGAAUUUAAGUUUAGGAGACAGGAGGGGCAAAACCCGCUACGCGUUGGCCUACGUGCCGGCGGAGUUGGAAUGCUUAGAGCCGUUCUAUGAAGACAGUUUCUUGGGAGGCAGCUGCUUAAAAGUGAACCCGAGUGACGAAGUCAAUCCUGAGCAUCGGAUAUCUAGACUAUUCCUCUGCGAUUUUGAGUGCAAAAGCAGUUUGAUCGCGUGUGUCGUGACGAAAACCCUUGUGGGUUAUGAAAAUCAGUUUUUGAAUAUCAGAUUAAAUAUAACCGACAGUGAAGGGAAGUUUAGAAAGGUGGUGUUAGUGGGGAGGGACGGGCCUCAUGGCACGCACGACGAGGAGCCGUCUAUGGCGGAGACGCUGAACGUGUACCCCAUGAGUGAAGCUUCGAAUCCUGGCUUUAAGGAACUGCAGACGUAUCUGGUGCUCAACGAGCCUGGCUUCUACGUACCUGUGGCUAACGCAUACGGGUGGAAAGUCAGGUACUACGAGGUGCGGGGGCUGGGCGCGGCGGCGCGCGUGGCGGCGGCGGCGGCGCGCGCGGGCCGCCGGCGCGGCGCCGCGCUGCUCGGACACUUCGGCCUCGCCACGCGC